GGGCGGGGUAACUGGAAUUCGACCCUGUAGCUCUCUGGCUCACAUUUAAAGGUGUAGUGAAUGACUAUAACGUGCUGGUUGUAUGAAAAAGUACUUGAUAACUUCGUGAUUUGCGCUUAAGGACUGAGCCUUUUUCGGUAAAAACAUGGCUGAAGCGGAUAUUGCUUUGAUUGGACUGGCAGUGAUGGGCCAGAAUUUGAUUCUGAAUAUGAAUGAUCAUGGGUUUGUGGUUUGUGCAUUCAACAGAACAGUGUCCAAAGUGGAUGAAUUCUUGGCAAAUGAAGCUAAAGGCACUAAGGUCAUAGGUGCCCACUCUCUGGAAGAGAUGGUCUCAAAGUUGAAGAAACCUCGUCGGAUCAUUAUGCUAGUGAAGGCAGGCCAGGCAGUUGAUGACUUUAUCCAGAAACUGGUACCACUGUUAGACGCUGGUGACAUCAUCAUUGAUGGUGGAAAUUCAGAGUACACAGACACAACGAGACGAUGUAAAGAGCUGAAAGCAAAAGACUUGCUAUUUGUGGGAAGUGGCGUUAGUGGGGGAGAGGAAGGGGCAAGAUAUGGCCCAUCACUUAUGCCUGGUGGACAUAAACAAGCAUGGCCCCAUAUUCAGAACAUUUUCCAGAGUAUUGCUGCAAAAGUUGGCACAGGGGAGCCUUGCUGUGACUGGGUUGGAGACGAGGGUGCUGGGCACUUUGUGAAGAUGGUACACAAUGGAAUAGAAUAUGGUGACAUGCAGCUGAUCUGUGAGGCAUACCACUUAAUGAAGGAUGUGUUGUGCCUGGAUCAUGAUGAAAUGGCAAAGGUUUUUGAUACAUGGAACAAAGGUGAGCUGGACUCCUUCCUGAUUGAAAUUACAGCAAAUAUUUUGAAAUUUUAUGACACUGAUGGGAAGCAUUUAUUGCCAAAGAUCCGAGAUUCUGCAGGACAGAAGGGUACUGGGAAAUGGACAGCUAUCUCUGCACUAGAAUAUGGCAUGCCAGUCACACUAAUAGGUGAAGCUGUCUUUGCAAGAUGUCUUUCAUCUUUGAAAGAUGAACGAAUACAAGCCAGCAAACACCUCAAAGGACCAAAAGAAACAACAUUUCAUGGUGACAAAAAGGAGUUCCUGGAAGACAUUCGUAAGGCACUUUAUGCCUCCAAGAUAAUUUCUUACACACAGGGAUUUAUGCUGCUAAGGCAGGCAGCAAUGGAAUUUGGCUGGACCCUUAAUUAUGGAGGAAUUGCGCUGAUGUGGCGAGGAGGCUGCAUUAUCAGAAGUGUCUUUCUGGGAAAAAUCAAAGAGGCAUUUGACAGGAAUCCUGAACUCCAGAAUCUGCUCUUGGAUGAUUUCUUCCUGAAUGCUGUACAUAAUUGCCAGGAGUCAUGGCGGCGAGUAAUUUGCAGUGGUGUACAGUCUGGCAUCCCCAUGCCCUGCUUCACAACAGCACUGUCGUUUUACGAUGGGUACCGUCAUGAUAUGCUUCCAGCAAAUCUCCUACAGGCACAGAGGGAUUACUUUGGUGCUCAUACAUAUGAGCUGUUAUCCAAACCAGGACAUUUUGUUCAUACCAAUUGGACAGGGCAUGGUGGCAGUGUUUCCUCCUCAUCCUACAAUGCCUGAAGAACCAACAGCACUUUAUACCAGAUCUAGAAACUAGCAAGUACUUAGAUGAAGUCAAAUGUUUCACCCUUAAAUAUUAUCUAAGAAGGCGCCUGUGUUGUGGUGAAUAUCUUAGCACUGUGGAAAUUGUUUACGGUUAAAUAAGAAAAAUAAAUUGUAUAAAAUA